GUAAUGUGUUUAUCUCGUUCCUUUCUCGUCAGGAAAUUGAAGCUCUCGAACCCGCAAGGGUCAGUCCAAUUCUAUUAAAACGUGUAAUAUAAGACAUAUAUUCUGUAUUUCUUGAGAAAAGAUGUCCUCCAUCAAAAAUUUAAAAAUUCCUGGCAAGAAAAUCACCGUUUGGCCACAAUGGCUGACUGCUCUCGCAAUCAGCCUAGAAACCAUCGUUUCUGGUCUGGCCAAUGGUUGGGCUUCACCAUAUUUAGCGCAAUUAAUAUCAGCGGAGGCGGACGUUUCCUUGAAAAUGACCGAUAUCGAGGCAUCUUGGAUGGCAUCCCUUUUGAGUUUUGGACGUGUAAUCGGAGCAUUUAUCGGUGCUUUUUGUCAAGAGUACACCGGCUUAAAGACGGUAUUGCUGUUAUCGGGCUUGCCGUUAAUAUGUAGCUGGGUCCUCAGCAUCUGCGCUACGUCGAUCUUGUGGCUCUACCUUUCCAGAUUCUGUUCCGGGCUGGGAUCGGGCAUUAUGUGGCCCACGAUGUCCUUAUAUCUUAGCGAAAUCGCUAAUCCUGCCAUUCGAGGCUCCUUGAUAUCCUUCAACGUAAGCAUAGCAUCUUUGGGUAUGUUUCUGGGCAAUGUGAUGGGUCCUUACUUGUCCAUGGAGAUGUUCGCUUAUGUGAGUCUCGUGCCGAAUGUUCUCUUCAUGAUCCUCUUCAGUUUGAUACCUGAAUCGCCUUAUCAUUAUGUUCUUCAUGGCAAUAUCGAUAAGGCCGAGGCAUCUCUCAAGUGGUUCCAACGAGAAGCUGACAUGAAAGCUAAAAUGCAGGAGUUCCAGGAUUUUGUUAAUGGUGCCAAUACCAGCAUUUUAACAAAAUUUAAGGACUUUUUAUUACCAGUGAAUUUGAAAAACAUCUUGAUCUUGUUCGGCUUGAAUCUUUUCGUUCAGACGAGCUCAUUCACUACAAUAAAUGCCUAUGCAGAGAUCAUCGUUAUAAAUGCUAAAGUGAACAUCACUCCAUCGAUUGUGGUAAUGGCGCUGUGUUUCUCCACGGUUGUCGCUGGUUUCAUUGCUAUUUUUGUGGUGGACAAGUUUGGUCGAAAGAAUCUUCUAAUACUUUCCAGCAUUGGCGUUACUAUUUCCUAUCUCGCUCUUGGUCUUCACUUCUAUCUUCUAUCUUUGAAUUUUGAUCCCGAAAAACUAACAUGGUUGCCGAUCACAUCGUUACUAUCUUUUAAUUUGUUCGUAUCUUACGGCUUAGCCACAGUACCUAGCACUCUUCUGGGAGAGAUGUUCCCGGCGAAUCUCAAGAAUUUAGCAUCUCUUUGCAUUUUUUCAACCAAUGCCUUAUUAACUUUUGUAUUCGUUAAGUGCUUUCAGCCUUUUGUCAAUUUGACUGGGGAAACAAUUGUCUUUUGGAGCUAUGGACUUUUUGUACUUGGAGCGGUGCCCUACGUAAUGUAUUUAAUCCCUGAAACGACUGGCAAGAGCUUGCUGGAGAUUCAGCAGUCCAUUAAAAAUAAAUUAUACGAUUUAUCAAAAUCGAAAUUAUAAUAAAAAGCUUUAAACUGCAUUAAUUUUGAGAAAAUCUAAGAAAAAAUUUGAAAAUAGAAUUGGAGCAUAAAAACAUUUCUGACAUAAAAAGCACACUGUACAUACAAAUCAAUUUUGCAACUA